UACAGCAGGAAGAUGACUACGUCAGACGAGGCUUCCGUCUGUUGAAUUAUUGGUGUCAGGAAACACAAUCAAGCUUCUUUAGGGUUGUAUGUUUGUAUCGAGGUAAGCAAUAAGCACACCACCAUCAUGGAGCAGUUACCUCUCCAGCCUGCAAACUUCUGCCCUGAUGCCUCAAAGAGCACCUGUCGUCCCGACAUCCUUUGCGUGUCCAAUAUGGAAGAACUGGUGGUGGAGGUCCGUGGCUCCAACGGGGCUUAUUACAAGGGCGUUGUGAAAGAUAUCCACGAUGACUCUCUCACCGUUGCCUUUGAGAACAAUUGGCAGCCAGAGCGCCAGGUGCCCUUCAAUGAUGUCAGGAUGCCACCGGCCGCUGACAGCAAGAAGGAGAUUGGAGAGGACGAGGAGGUGGAGAUCCUCUCCAAAGCCAAUGAUCAGGAGCCUUGUGGUUGGUGGCUGGCUAAAGUCCGCAUGAUGAAGGGAGCUUUCUACGUGAUAGAGUAUGCAGCCUGCGACGCCACCUACAAUGAGAUAGUGACCUUUGAGCGUCUGCGUCCAGUCAACACUAACAAGGCCAUCACCAAGAACUCCUUUCACAAGUGCACUGUCCCUGUUCCUCAAGAUCUACAAGAAGCAUGCCAGAGUGAGAAUGCCCAUAAAGAAUUUAAGAAAGCCGUGGGAGCCUGUCGGAUCUCGUACUGCCCUGAGACCAGCCAACUAGUGAUUGUGUCCACCAAUGAGACGACAGUGAAGCGUGUUUCUUUGCUGAGUGACAUGCACCUGCGCAGCAUCAGGACCAAGCUGCUGCUAAUGUCCCGCAACCAUGAGGCCACAAAACACCUGGAGAGCUCCAGGCAGAUGGUGUCGUCCUUCCAGGAGGAGUUCAUGGUGAGAACGGAUCUGAUGGGCCUGGCCAUCGGCAGCCACGGCAGCAACAUCCAGCAAGCACGGAAAGUUCCAGGUGUCUCUGCCAUUGACCUCGAUGAAGAGACUGGCACUUUCAGGAUUUACGGAGAGACAGCGGAGGCAGUCAAGAAGGCCAGGAACUACCUGGAGUUUUUGGAGGACUCUGUCCAGGUGCCCAGGGCCCUUGUCGGCAAAGUGAUCGGUAAGAACGGAAAGGUCAUCCAGGAGAUUGUGGACAAGUCCGGUGUGGUGAGGGUCAGGAUAGAAGGAGACAAAGACAAAGACAACAAGCAGCCCCGACAGGAAGGAAUGGUCCCAUUCACCUUUGUCGGUACUAAGGAGAGUAUUGGCAAUGUUCAGGUCUUGCUGGAGUACCACAUCUCUUACCUUAAUGAAGUUGAGGAGCUUCGUCUGGAGAGGAUGCAGAUCGAUGAACAGUUACGUCAGAUCACCCAGGUUCAUCGCCAAGGUGACCGAGAGAGAGGAGAGAGAGAUGGCAGCGCCAAUGCCUCCUCCUCCUCUUUACAUGGCAGUCGCUCCUACAACGGUCGAGGGCGCGGGCGCAGAGGCCACGGCUACAGCACUGGAUACGGCACCAACUCAGAGCAGUCCAACGCCUCUGAGACAGAUUCAGAGCGCAAGGAUGAGCUCAGUGACUGGUCCCUGGCUGGAGAAGACCAGGACAGGGAGAGAGAAAGAGGCUCACGGCCACAAAGAGAUGCCCGCAGGAGGCCUGGGCCCGGCAGAGGCCGAGGAGGGCUUGGAGGACGGGGGAGAGGAGGAAGAGGAGGAUACAGCAACAGCUCUGCAGGGCCUCGGGAUCAUGAGGAUAACCAUGCCUACGGGGCCACGGAGACAAACACAGAGACAGACCAGACGGCCGAUACCGAUGCCAGCGAGUCCAACUUGCCCACAAACCGACGCAGAAGAUCUCGACGGCGCCGAACAGACGAGGACACCACACUGAUGGACGGCAUGAGCGAGUCAGACAACGCCUCAAUGAGUGAAAAUGGAAUAGAUGACUCAGAAGUUAAACCUCAGCGUCGUAACCGUAGUCGACGUCGCCACACCCGCCUGCCUGAGGAGAAGCAGCCAGUGACGACGGUGGCCGACUACAUAUCCCGGCCUGAAUCUCAGAGCAGACAGACGACGGCCACUAAGGACACCAAGAAAAACAAGGAUGUGGGUCAGGUGGAUGCCAUCGCCGAGGACAGCCCACCAUCUGUGCCGGCAACCACCAAUGGUUCUAACGACGCUGCCGACACCGAGAGCAGCAAUGCCCCCGGAGCUCCCGCCAAAGCCUCCUGCCAGGAGGACUCUAACCAACAACCUGUUGCUAACGGACUCUCCUAGUCAGACCUGAGCAAAGGAAAUGGUUUCAAAUAUUUGAAAUUCUUUGGCUGCACUUGAUUUAAUCUCCCCGUCUCUGGAGCAGCCUUAAAAUUGAAACAUUUAAACACAACAAGCACUGUUCUUCUUUUACUUUACAAAUAUUUGAAACCCGCAAAGUUUUAGACAUCUGAACCUUAACCUUCCCUUUACACACGUGUUCUAUCCAACUUUUCAUUUUACUACCAUUUAGUUUUUUACAACAGUUCUUCCUGUAUGAGCUUGCCAAAGAUAGUCAAACACACACAGACUUACAAACAUCCAAUUAACUGUACUUUUCGGUCCGCUCUUCAUUGAGAGCUCAGGGAGAGGUCGGACCGAAUGCAGUAUUUAUAAAAACGCAGACAGGGAAUCAAACUCAAACCCAUACUAAGGUAUGAAUGCAGCCCUUCUUUUUUUUUUUUUUUAUCAGUAAAAAUAUCAUAGCAGGAUUUUUAGAUCAGAAACAUGUCUGCCUUUUACCAGGUGGACUCGAAAAAGAUGCUUCCACGACCUUUUUCAGGAUGUUUUGUGCAUCUGAAGUAGUUUGUAAAUUCAAUAUUCUGCAAGAGCAGAACCACAGUGCAGAUAGGUUUGUUGGAAACCCAAGUAUGUUUGACAUACAUGUGAUCAUCUGUUGUGCCUUGAGAGUAGAUUCAACAUGUUGUUGCCUGGCUCUGCACACCGUCUGAAAUUGUUUCACUUGUUUCUGUGUUACGCGCUCACCCUCUCCGCCACAGUGGAACCAGAUGAGCCGUCUCCUUGUGCUUAAUGUACCCUCAUGGCACUGUAGGCAAGACAAACACCCAGAGACCCUGAAAGGAUUUCAGAGGCAUAUCUUUUUAAAAUCAGGUGUGUCUAUUCUUAAUGUUUGUGGGGAGAAUGAGUCCAGUUAUUCUUUCUCUCGCUCUCUCUCUCUCUCUCUCUCUCUCUCUCUCUCUCUCUAUAUAUAUAUAUAUAUAUAUACACACGUCUCUGUUGAGGAGUUUGACAUUAGCUGCUUUCUGUUUUUUCAAUAUGCAACCACUUUGGUCAUGAGAAGUUAUUACAGCGUGUCUGGAAAAGAAACAAACGAUAGAAGAGUUGUUUUCUUUGCACUGAAACAUAACCUUAUUCUGUUUUAAAAGUUGAUUGUAGGUGAGUCUGGAAACUGGCUGUUACUGUUAAGUGCUGGAAAGAGAUGUAGCCAUCAAGCGCUGGGUUUCCUGAAAACAUCUCAUUGCUAAACAGCGGGCGCUUUCAUCAAAUAUAUGACAAGAGGGAUAAUGAGUGCUUUUUUUUUUUCUUCCAGAAUUCCAGCUAAAUCAAAAGAAAAUCAAUGCUCGGUUGAGAUGUUUUUGGAAAACCAAGCCCAGGUGACGAUGAUGUCAUUUUCAUGGUUCUUCCACAGGCUGGCUGGAAACUGGUCACGACUGUUCCACUAAGGAAGGAGAUUUAUUUGGUUUUAUUUAUUUAAAAAUGUACAGUAUUUAAAAAAGGCAAAAAACAAGAGAAGCUCUUCUUUUUCUUGACACUAAAAUAUAUGUUAGAGGGUUUUCUUUUGAGACAAAAUGAAAAUUUGGACUACUGAGAGUUGUGACAUCCCCAAAGUGUUUUUGUUGGGUCAACUACAGUAUGUUUUUUUUUUUUAAAAGGAUCAUUCUGGUUGGUUGAUGUGCAAUAUGUUUUGUAUGCAGGUAGUUCUUAAAUAAACUUGAUCUUCCAUGUAGAUCUAAAACUCAA